CCAUGCCCGAUAAGGGCCGCCAACUCUCUCUCUCUCUCUCUCUCUCUCUUUCUCUCACAUCUCUCUGCCUGUUCAUGUCGCCUGCAAGUGAAGAUUCGUCGGAGCAAGAAGGACGAACUGGGCAUAUGGCGGGGUCGGCGGUCGCGACGGUUCUGAAGGGUCUCUUCCUGGUGUUGGGUUGCUUCAUGGUGGCCACUCUCGUCUACACCAUCGCCGUCGAUGGCCUCCCCUUCCGCUCUGACCUCCUCACUCCGUGGAUGGCAGCGACCUUGGUUGACUACUACAUCAACGUUGUUCCGCUUGCGGCUUGGGUUUGGUACAAGGAAUCGAACUUUUUUAGCGCUUUACUUUGGACAGUGCUUCUUAUCUGCCUAGGCAGUGUCACAACAUGCUUCUACAUUCUUUUGCAAUUUCUCAAGCUCUCACCUCAAGAGUCUUCACAAGAUCCCAUCUACCAUGUUCUGCUGCAGCAUUCCAGCAAGGAUGGCAUAGAACAGAAUAAGCAGCAUUUUCCAGUGAUAAUUGCUAGAAUCACUUUCAUUGUCUUGGGUUGUUUGAUGCUGGCAACUCUUCUCUACACCAUCUUCACCGAUGGUAGCCCUUUCCGGAAAGAACUUUUAACUCCGUGGAUGACAGCGACGCUAAUUGACUUCUACAUCAACGUCGUCGUUCUUUCUGUUUGGGUUGCUUAUAAGGAAUCAAGUUGGCUUAGUGCAUUUGUGUGGAUCCUUCUCUUGAUAUGCUUUGGCAGUAUUAGUACAUGUGCCUACAUAGUACGAGAACUCUUCCAGCUUUCUUCCCAGGAUCCACUCUACUUCGUCUUGUUUAACAAUGGUUAUAGGCAUCCAUGAUGUAUUCUCUGGUUACUCCGGCUUUUGUGUAGUUUGCCAUCAACUACUUCACUAUAGUUUUGAUUGCUAAAAGGAAAACAUGAUGAUCAUGAUGCACAGAUCAACCAGACACAAACAAGACUUAGUUUAUUCCCCCGAUAAUUUCUGAGCAUGACAGCAGAAAGCUGAAAACUGUGGUUUCUGCCAUAUCAUUGACAAUAGCUUUGUCAUACCAUAUUUGUUCAAUGGAAAAUGGAAGAACAUGCUUAUCUUAAAUAUCAUUACUACUGAAUAUCCA